CCUGACGUACGAACCAGUAUCACAAUCAAUCCAAGCGUCAGAUCGAACAGAUCACAAGCUAUUACAGCUCUUUCUACCAACCACAUCAAACAAACCAAAUCCAACAACCAUGAAGGUCGCCGUCGUUGCCGUUGUCCUUGCUCUCGCCGUCGUCUCGGAGGCUGGUGUCCUGCCGUGGGGCUGGCCAUACGCUGGUCUUCCCGCAGCUGUCCCAGUUGCCUCGUGGCCACCGGCAGCCAUCCAUGCCGCCUACCCAGCGUACGCUCCGCAUGCCGCCCUCCUGGCUGCCCCGCACGCCGCCAUCCUGGCCGCUCCUCACGCUCCAGUUGCUUCGGUCGCUCAUCAUGCCGGCGUUGUGCCCGGAGCUACCUCGGUCACCGCUACCCGUGGUGCCGUCCAUGUUGCUCCCCUGCCCGGCCAUGCCGUGUCGCAGCAGCAGCUGAACCUGGCCCCAGCUCCGGGAACCAUCUAAGUCGAAGGUUUUUUGUCGUCCAGAACAGGGAAACAAAACUUUCAGCCCCCCUCCAAAACACCUGCUCCGGAAACCGUCAUCCCACUGUGCGCCCGUCGUGCAAUACGCUGAUUACAAGUGAUAACAUACUCAUUAGCCACUAAGUAAUAGUUCGUUCGUUUGCGAUCUGUUUUCGUUUCUAUUGAUUCAUGCAAAUGUUUGAAUAAAAGCAAAUGAAUGCAAAGCAUUUUAUAAAAAAAAACACA